CAUUACCCUCUGGGCACUGUAAUUCCACAAGAGGUGCUUCAAAAGCGGAUCGCUGAGCACGAAAGUGAACAAUCCUUCGAGGCCCUUCGUCGCAAAGUCGAGCAGGCGGAUGAACAGUGGAGACAUAAGCAGGAGAUGGAGCGUCUCAUUGCUGAGCGUCGAGGACAUCUACAGGAUCAUGGAGAUGAUCACCAGUUGGGGAGUCUCACAUUCCUGCUUAUACCUGACUAUCAAGACUUUGAGCACGGACGUGAUAGUUAA